AUGUUGCCAGUCGAUAACAACAACAACAACUACGACAACACUUCAUCAUCACCAUCAUCAUCGAGUGUUGAUGUGCGUGAUGGACAAUGGAUAAAUAAGCCAUAUGAUAUAUCACAUUGGGUGUUGUCCACCUUGUAUCUAGCAUUGGCAAUAGCCUCAAUAGUACAGUUGAUAAGGACAAGAAAGAGAGCCAUAUAUGUUGCCAGGAUAUUCUUCUUGAGCAUGGUGUUUGCAUCAUUGAUGAGAGCAUUCUCAUUCGCUCUGUUACCAUUUGCAAUGGAGGAUCAGGUCUAUCUAUCGCCAGUGGAGAAUCAAAUACUUGCCAUACUCAAGAUACUUCCAUCAUUCCUAUACUUUACUGUCUAUUCAAUAUCAUUGUUCUUUGGACUUAUAAUUAGUAUGCAGGUAUACUUACCAACAAAGAUGAAGGCCAAUACAAGUGUUAUUAUGAAGGCUAUUCUAAUUGGAAAUGUAUUUAUGUAUGUGACUGUGAUCGUACUCUAUCUUGUAGAGUUGGAGUUACAACAUGCUCAUAGAUUCGUUGUGAAUCCAACUGAUUCCUCAGCUGGACUCCUACUACAACUCUAUGCAUCAUCCAUUUACUUUGGUGCAUCAAUCAUACUCAUGAGCUUCCUGUUCCAUCAAUAUCGAUCAUAUUACAAGGAGAUACAGUUUGCACCAAAGUAUGAGGACAUGGAGUACCUCAAGAGCAAGAAGAAUCCAUACAAGAAGCAAACAAACAAGAUGGCCAAGCUGCGACUGAGCCUGAUCAUUGUGUUUAUGUACUGUACAUUAUCGUUCUUAAUACGUUCGGUGCUCGUCGCACUGACACCCUUCAACCCGGCACGAUUCAACGCAUGGUACUUUGACCUGCUCUACUACGUGCUGCUCGAGCUACCACAACUAUGCUUCCUGUUGGAGAUCAUGUCAAGGCGAACGGCUUUGAUCAUGAUCAGUCAGGCUGUUCAUCAACAAGACUUUGGAAGUCAAGAAGAGGACAAUGCCAACCCAAUCAACUAUGGUACCAUACCUCACAACUAA